AUGUCUUUCAGACCCGCCGCCCGCAUCUUUACGGCCUUCCGACCGGCAUUGCGGUUUCGGCAACCGCUGUUGAGGCGACGAGUUGCUACAACCGCGGAGGCGGAGCAAAGUGCGUUUGCUAGGUUGUGGAAUAGUCCUGUUGGGCCGAAGACAGUGCAUUUCUGGGCUCCUAUAAUGAAAUGGGCCGUCGUCCUGACCGGCGUAUCCGACUUCUUCCGUCCGGCAUCAUCGCUCUCCCUCACCCAAAACGCUGCCCUCAUGGCCACUGGCGCCAUCUGGACGCGCUGGUGCUUCGUCAUCCGGCCGAAAAACAUGUUCCUUGCUGCUGUCAACUUCUUCCUGUUCGUCGUUGGCAGCACCCAGGUUACGCGGAUAUUGCUGUAUCAGCAGAGCUUGAAGGGCGUGGAAGGUCAAGGGAAGAUGGAGGCAAAGGAGGUUAAGAAGGAGGCGAAGCAGGUGGGGAAGGAGGUUGAAAAGGUGGUUAAGUCGUAG